CGUGGCUUCCCUUCACAGUAUUAUACUUAGUACAUAAGGUAGUCACGCCGUCUUGGUCCUCGUUCCCUCCUUUCCCUUCCCUUCUUUCUUCUUUCUUACUUCUUUCUCGAGUCGGACAGCCUUCUUUCCUUCCCUUCGGAUUCAACCUUUCCUGCGUAUAUAUACGCAACGUCCUUCUUUUGACCACUCGACUUGACUUCACUCUUUAAUCAAGCAUUAAUCUUACGUCGGAGGCUUUACGCUCCUCGCUGUUUGUUUUCACUUGCAUUGCAUACGAUCUAUACCGUACCCAGCAUUAGUUUUACAUCUUCGGUUACUCUUUUCGGAUUACUCUAAUAAUCGUAUUGCAACCAUUUCGACAACAUGCGUUCCGUCUUCUACUUGACUCUCAGCGCUAUUGCGACUCUCGCUGCGGCUGCUACUAGCGGUGCCAACCCGUUCAACAUCCCCUCUGAGGGUUAUUCUUUUGAGGCGGGUCAGCCCACUACUCUCUCCUGGGAUCCCACCACCAGCGGCACCGUCUCGCUGAAGCUUCAAUGGGGCGCUGUCCUGACUUCCAACACCGACAACAUUGCCAACUCGGGCAGCUUCACAUGGACUCCCCCCGCCAAUCUCGCCGCUCAGCCUGACUACACCAUUGAGAUUCUGAGCGACGAUGACAAGAGCCAAGUCAACUAUCUUCCCCGGUUCGCUGUUGCCGGCGCUACUGCCACCGCGUCCACCACUGCUGCUUCGACUACUUCUACCGCUGAGUCUACGACUUCCGCCACAAAGUCUUCCGCCACUGAAACGACUGCCACCCACUCCAAGUCGACUGCCACUGAGACCAACACCACUCUGACUAAGGCGACCACCAGCACUGCCUCGAGCUCUUCGGCUACUGCCUCCGGCACUAGCACUGAUUCCAUUAGCGCAUCUAGCACCUCAGGCACUUCUACUGCUGCUCCCUCAACCACUCGGGCUUCCAGCACUACCUCGGCCAGUGCUUCAGCCUCGACUACCAGCAUCGUCAACGUCAAUGCCGGUAUGGCUAACCGCGUCUCCGGUGGAAUGCUGGCAAUCGUUCUGGGUGCCGUUGCGGUCCUGUGAGCUUUGGAUCCGGCCAACUUUAAUAAACAGAUAGUUCCUUUUUAACUACUCUUCUAUCGUUCCCAUUUGGGGCUUUCUCCUUGUUCUAUUGAUUCUCCCUUCUCGUUAUCUGAGCGGACGUGUUAUAUACCCUUGGGUAUUGAAGUUGUUUGUCUC